AUGAAACAUCAUGAAGCAGCCGACGCUGUGAGAAAACACCAUAAGGGCAGCUCCAAUGGAGCCCGGGCUGGGGUGAAAGACCAUGCAGAGGAGCCAGUGCAGUGGGGAAGAGCAUGGGAGGUGGAUUGGUUCUCUCUGACAGGUGUGAUUCUGCUGCUGUGCUUUGCCCCCUUCAUCGUCUUUUUCUUCAUCAUGGCAUGUGACGUACCAGUGCUCCAUCAGCCACCCGUUACUGGACCUCUACAACGGCGACACCACCCUGCUCACCAUCUGGAACCCAAAUUCACAGGCAACAUCUUCUACAACUACAUGAUGGGAAUUGAGUUCAACCCUCGUAUAGGAAAAUUAUUUGACUUUAAGCUUUUCUUCAACGGCCGGCCGGGUAUCGCCAUCUAUGUGUUAGACUUCUUCUGGAACGAAGCCUGGUACCUCAAGACUAUAGACAUCUGCCAUGAUCACUUUGGCUGGUACCUGGGCUGGGGAGACUGUGUGUGGCUUCCUUUCCUCUACACACUACAGGGCCUUUACUUGGUUUACAACCCCAUCCAGCUUUCUACACCUCAUGCUGCAGGUGUCCUCAUCCUGGGUCUGGUGGGCUACUACAUCUUCCGCUCAACCAACUACCAGAAAGACUUUUUCCGUCGUACAGAGGGUAACUGCAAAAUCUGGGGUAAGAAGCCCACCUUCAUCGAGUGUUCAUACCGAUCGGCCGAUGGCGGGAUUCACAAGAGCAAACUGAUGACCUCUGGGUUUUGGGGGGUGGCUCGUCACAUGAACUACACGGGCGACCUGAUGGGCUCUCUGGCGUACUGCUUGGCCUGCUGUGGUGGGCACUUGCUGCCUUAUUUUUACAUCGUCUACAUGACCAUCCUGCUGGUGCACCGCUGCAUUCGUGAUGAGCACCGCUGUAGCAACAAGUACGGCAAGGACUGGGAGCGAUACACCACAGCCGUGCCCUACCGUUUGCUACCUAACAUCUUCUAG